UUUGCUAAUCCCUUUAAAUACUACUCUAAAACAAGUGGUGAUUUUGUAGUUAAGCUUUGAGCUGUCAGAAGCCUUGUGAAUGACUUUAUAAAGUCAGUAAUGAUUGAUUCAGACUUUCAUUUUUGCCCAUAUUUUCAGUGGAAAUGCUUGAGGAGAAAUGCCACUCAUCACUUCUUUCAUUCUGGGAGACCAGACACAGGGGUUUCCUCUUGUCAUUCUCUCAGAUUAGCACAAACUUUGCAAGAAAUCUCCUCGUCUCUUUCGUUUGUGAACAUUGUGCUGUUACCUCUGUGUGAACAGGUUUUAAGUCCUGCGGACAGGGUUCCACACAAUCCAUCUCUUUGCACUCAUUCUUUCUCAGUCAAAACUAGCCCCCUGCACAUCAGGAAGGCUUGGACUUGCACAGCCAGGCAGUGACAGACCUGGUGCAAAACAUUCUUUUCCAUUACUUAGCUUCCUAGGUGCUGUUCGUGGCAUUCGUCUGUCUUUCAGUAGUUUCGUGUUAAAGCAGGAGUUGCACUUACUACUUGAGCAGGGUGCUAGUGAAGCCUUGUGCCGUUCCUGUGUAAUCUGUUUCAUUUUUCCACUUUACAUAGUUUGCAGUUGGGUACCAGAGGCUAAAGGGAAAGAGCUGCCUGUUCCCGUUUGGCCUGCACUGCACUGGGAUGCCUAUAAAGAAAAUGCUUCCUGUAAAGCCCUUCCUGCUAUGGCAGGAGUCUUGAAGUCACAGGAUCCCCUAGAAGCUGACGCGGGAAAAAGUUUGAAGCAUUGUUGUGAAAUGCAAAGUGUUACCAGUAAAAGCUCUCCCUAGCUGUGAUUGAGCAGGGUGCUAGUGCUCAGCUGCCCCAGGAAGGUGCUGAUUGCCAAUGACUCUGCUUAGGCCUGUGCAGAUAAGCUAAAAAGAGAAAUGGAAUUGUAUGGCUGCCCACCUGAAUUUCCUGAUGAGGAGGAGGAAGAGGAAGAAAAUUCUGCUAAAAAAGAAGAAGAAAUUGUCAUCAAAGACAAAGCAAAAGGCAAAAAGAGUAAGGCUGCUGCCAAGUCUGGCUCUUCCAAAUACCAGUGGGGAAUCAUGAAGUCUUUGGGACUUUCUGAUGAAGAAGUAGUGAGUUUUUCUGAAGCUGAGCAUUGGCUGGAUUAUUUCCCUCCCCUUGCUGUCCAGGACCUGAAAAGCAUGGGAUUGAAGGUGGAUUGGAGGCGUUCUUUCAUCACCACAGACGUUAACCCGUAUUAUGAUGCCUUUGUACGAUGGCAGUUCCUUACGCUGAAGGAAAGAAAUAAGAUUAAGUUUGGGAAACGAUACACAAUUUAUUCUCCAAAAGAUGGACAGCCUUGCAUGGAUCAUGACAGGCAAACAGGAGAGGGUGUCGGGCCUCAAGAAUACACACUAAUAAAAAUGAAGGUAUUAGAUCCUUAUCCCGCAAAACUAAGUGGCCUAAGAGGAAAAAAUAUCUUCUUGGUGGCUGCUACACUCAGACCAGAGACCAUGUUUGGACAGACCAACUGCUGGGUUUGCCCAGAUAUGAAGUACAUCGGCUUUGAAACUGUGACUGGGGAUAUUUUUAUCUGUACCCAAAGAGCUGCCAGGAACAUGUCCUACCAGGGCUUCACAAAGGAUAACGGAGUUGUACCUGUGGUCAAGGAGCUGAUGGGAGAAGAGAUUCUUGGCGCUGCACUUUCAGCCCCUCUCACCACCUACAAAGUUGUAUAUGUUCUGCCCAUGCUCACAAUCAAGGAAGAUAAAGGCACUGGAGUGGUCACAAGUGUUCCCUCCGAUUCUCCGGAUGACAUUGCAGCCCUGAGAGAUCUGAAAAAGAAGCAGGCUCUGAGGGUGAAGUAUGGCAUCAAAGAUGAAAUGGUGCUGCCGUUUGAACCGGUGCCCAUCAUUGAAAUGCCGGGCUAUGGCAACCUUUGUGCUCCGUUAGUCUGUGAUGAGCUCAAAAUCCAGAGCCAGAAUGACAGAGAGAAGCUUGCUGAGGCCAAGGAGAGAAUGUACCUGAAAGCAUUUUAUGAGGGAGUAAUGUUGGUGGAUGGAUUCAAAGGACAGAAAGUUCAAGAUGUCAAGAAGCUUGUUCAGAAGAUGAUGGUGGAUAAUGGUGAAGCCAUGAUUUAUAUGGAACCUGAGAAACAAGUCAUGUCGAGGUCUGCUGAUGAAUGCGUCGUGGCCCUUUGUGAUCAGUGGUAUUUAGAUUAUGGUGAAGUGAACUGGAAGAAACAGGCAUCAGAGUGCUUGAAACAUCUGGAGACGUUUUGUGAAGAGACAAGGAGAAACUUUGAAGCUACUUUAGGCUGGCUACAAGAGCAUGCGUGCUCCAGGACAUAUGGCUUAGGUACCCGGUUACCUUGGGAUGAGCAGUGGCUGAUAGAGUCUCUCUCUGACUCAACUAUCUACAUGGCCUAUUACACAGUGGCUCAUCUGUUACAAGGAGGUAACCUGAGGGGCCAGGGAGAAUCUCCUCUAGGCAUCCGGGCACAUCAAAUGAGCAAAGAAGUCUGGGAUUACAUCUUCUUCAAGGCAGCUCCGUUUCCUAAAACAGAGAUUCCAAAAGAGAAGUUGGACAAGCUAAAGGAGGAGUUUGAAUUUUGGUAUCCUGUGGAUCUCAGAGUUUCUGGCAAAGAUCUUGUUCCAAAUCAUCUCUCGUACUACCUCUAUAAUCACGUGGCCAUGUGGUCAGAUCAAAGAGAAAAAUGGCCAGUAGCUGUGAGAGCAAAUGGACAUCUCCUUCUCAAUUCUGAAAAGAUGUCUAAAUCUACAGGCAACUUUCUCACCCUGACUCAGGCUCUUGACAAGUUUUCUGCAGAUGGCAUGCGUUUAGCCUUGGCUGAUGCUGGUGACACUGUUGAAGAUGCCAACUUUGUGGAAGCCAUGGCAGAUGCUGGUAUUCUUCGUCUCUACACAUGGGUGGAGUGGGUAAAGGAGAUGAUUGCAAACAGAGACAGUCUGAGAAGCGGUCCUGCCAACACCUUCAAUGACAAAGUCUUUGCCAGUGAAAUGAAUGCUGGCAUAACGAAGACAGACCAAAAUUAUGAGAAGAUGAUGUUUAAGGAAGCUCUGAAAACUGGCUUGUUUGAAUUCCAGGCGGCAAAGGAUAAAUACCGUGAGCUGGCGAUAGAAGGGAUGCACAGAGAGCUGGUGUUUCGGUUUAUUGAGGUUCAGACGCUGCUCUUGGCUCCUAUUUGUCCCCACUUGUGUGAGCACAUCUGGUCGCUUCUGGGAAAGCCUGAUUCCAUCAUGAGAGCCUCAUGGCCGACAGCAGGUCCUGUGGAUGAGGUAUUGAUUCGCUCAUCCCAGUACCUGAUGGAAGCAGCUCAUGACCUCCGACUCCGCCUCAAGAACUACAUGGCACCUGUGAAAGGAAAGAAAAGCGCUAAAGAACCUUCCCAGAAGCCUUCUCACUGCACCAUCUACGUGGCAAAGAGCUACCCGCCCUGGCAGCACACCACCUUGUCAGUUCUGCGCAAGCACUACCAGGUCAGUGGAGGUCAACUGCCAGAUAAUAAAGUAAUUGCCAGUGAGUUGAACACCUUGCCAGAGCUGAAGAAGUACAUGAAGAAGGUUAUGCCUUUUGUCGCCAUGAUUAAGGAGAACCUGGAGAAGAACGGCUCACAUGUUCUCGAUCUGGAGCUGGAGUUCGAUGAGCGUGCAGUGCUCAUGGAGAAUAUUGUCUAUCUGACAAAUUCCCUGGAGCUUGAUCACAUCGAAGUGAAAUUUGCUUCUGAAGCAGAAGAUAAAAUAAAAGAAGACUGCUGUCCUGGAAAACCAUUUUCCAUAUUCAGAACUGAGCCCAGCGUGUCUGUGUUCCUGGUGAACCCUCAACCAUCAAACGGCCACUUCUCUACAAAAAUUGAAAUCAGGCAAGGGGACAACAGGGAGACGGUGAUCAGGCGCCUGAUGAAGAUGGACAGAGGGAUCAAAGAUCUCUCUAAAGUGAAGCUGAUGAGGUUUGAUGAUCCUGUGCUUGGCCCCCGGCGUGUUCCAGUCCUUGGCAAGGAGGAAGCAGAGAAAACACCUAUUCUGGAGCAGGCCAUCUUCCACAUCGACCUGGGCGAGCACCGCGUUCGCCUCUCCGAGAACGGCCUCAUGAAGGACAUUGGGGACACCAUCGUUUACCUUGUCCACUGAGCUGGCGCGUCCUGGGGUGACUCUGAGCAUCUGUAAUGAGCGAAGAUGGGAAUUUGUUCUGUAAAAAACAAAGCCUCACUCUGCAUGCAGGCUCACCCCAUCUCUUUUAAACACGGAUAAAAUAAAACUAUUUUCCUCUGGC